GCUGGGGUGGGGGAGAGACUGCCCGCCUGCUCCAUCCGCAGCCGGGAGGGAAGCACCUGGUUGGGCAGCCCUGCUCGCAGCCGGAGCACCCGGCGGGCCCUUGUCGUGGGCGGACCCUCCGGCCCUAUCCACGUUAACUAGCGAAGGGGAACUUAACAGUGGCCCCCAACCCCGCUAACUAGCUGAGAACGGGCAAAGGGCACAGCACUAAAUCCUGAUAGAGAAGAAAAUCUACUCUUCCACAAGGUGGAAGAAAACCUGCUGGAGAUCCUUUGAUACCUAUGUAAGUGAGAAGGAUCCUCAUUUCCCCAGUUUCUGAGGGUUGUGAGAAUAACCCUGACUACCUACUCCCCUUGCUACUUAGCUGCUGGGUGAGGGAAUUCUUUCCUCAAGUGAGGACCCAGCCCUUAACAAGCUCUUUUCUAGACCAGAUAGUAAACGGGGAGCCUUGACAGAAGAAACCUCAUAUGCACAAGAGAGGCAGUUUCCAAAAUAGAAAUAAGUAGGAGCUCCAGAUAAUUACCUAGUAAUUUUAAUUAUUUACGUCUGGUCAAUAGACAGCAGAGAAAGUAAAACAAGGGAGAAAAAGCACAACCAGAUUUGGGUACUGUUCUUCCCUUUUCCAGUUGCUGUCUGCCACUGUUUUUACACAGUUUUUACUGAUAUUAUCCACAGAACUGACAGUUCUUUUAGAGAAAGAGAUUUGCCCACCCUUAAGGACAAGGUGUGCCUACAGGAAAAAGAAGAGAGACUUCCAGGUAUGGAGAUUAUUUAAGACCAAUAUCCCUAAUCUGGCAGUCAGUGAGGAAAAGAAAAGGCUUUCUCAUAAGGGAGACAGUAGUUAGCUGCCAGAACUGAGAGAGGAUCUCCAUCCAGGAAUAAAAACAUCAGUUUCAGGAAAGUGAAGAUUCCAAGCAGAUUGUUUUAAUACUCAAGAUUCUGAUUUCGUUCACAAUCCCCUUGCUCUCAAAAUAUUUCUUGAAGAAGCUCUUGGGAGACUCUCUGAGGAUGGUUCUCAGAGAAGAAGUGUGAAGAGCAGCACCCCCAGAAACCAACAUUGAAGAUAAUCCGCCUCCCUCCCGAAAAAUCUUCCAGACAGAUGAGGAAAUCCAAGAUCAAAGGGCAUUUGACCAGGACAGGAACCCUUUCAGAAUCUAUUUGGGAUCACCGUGGUUAACAGGGAGUCCAUGAAGAAAGAACUUGGUGUAAUUUAUCAGUAAGAUCAAACUGAAAAUGCCUCCAGGUUCAUCCAAAGUGAUUCCCAAUUUAUGCUAGAAAUUUUGACAGUUAUUCUUAGCUUGAGAAGAUGCCCCUUUCUAAAGGAAGACUGAAUCAAGAAGCAUAUAGCUGCUUCCAGUAUCAUGGCCUCUGACCUGGAAAGCAGUCUCACUUCCAUAGACUGGCUCCCACAGCUUACUUUAAGAGCUACUAUUGAAAAAUUAGGGGGUUCGUCACAAGCAGGACCUCCAGGGGCUGCCCGAAAGUGUCCUCCAGGCUCACCGACAGAUCCCAAUGCUACGCUCAGUAAGGAUGAGGCUGCAGUGCAUCAAGAUGGCAAGCCACGUUACAGCUAUGCCACUCUGAUCACGUAUGCAAUCAACUCAUCCCCUGCCAAGAAGAUGACACUUAGUGAGAUUUACCGUUGGAUCUGUGACAACUUUCCCUACUACAAAAAUGCUGGUAUUGGUUGGAAGAACUCAAUUCGUCAUAAUCUCUCUCUGAAUAAGUGCUUUCGGAAAGUGCCUCGACCAAGGGACGAUCCGGGGAAGGGCUCUUAUUGGACAAUAGAUACGUGUCCAGAUAUAUCUCGCAAGAGGCGGCAUCCUCCUGAUGAUGACAUACCACAAGACUCCCCAGAGCAAGAGGCAAGUAAGAGCCCCCGAGGGGCUGUUCCAGUCAGCACAGAAGCCUCUUUGCCACCUGAGGCUACCCCUCAGCUGUCACUCCAGAGCACUGCCCCCAUUGCCAACUACAGUCAGCAGUCUGCAGGGCCUGUGGAUGUUGCUUCUACUGUAGCAGGGGGACAGGGCCGUGAAGGGGCCGAUGUACCCCCCCCACUGUACAGUGCCAACCACGACUUCAAGUUCUCCUACUCUGAGAUCAACUUUCAGGAUCUUAGCUGGUCCUUCCGAAAUCUCUACAAAUCCAUGCUGGAGAAAUCAUCUUCCUCUCAGCACGGUUUCUCUUCUCUCCUUGGUGACAUGCAGCCCUCCAACCACAACUACUACAUGUACCAGCAGCAACAGCAGGGCCCCUCAGCAGUGGGUGCUGCUCCACCCCUCCACACUCCAACUCCAGAGGGUUGCCCAUCCCAAGGGGGAAAGCAGCAGGGUGGUGAAAGUUAUGGCCCUCCACCAGUGAUGUCCAUGCACCCUCCCCAAAUGCAGCAUGGAGGCUACCACCAGCAUCAGCAUCACCCACACUCCCACCCACAGCAGCAGCCUCAUCAGCACCAGCAGCAGCAGCAGUCACAGGCUUCAGUCAACAAUGCUGGCUUUGCAUUUCCCCCUGAUUGGUGCUCCAGCAUUGAUUCCCUGAAGGAGAGCUUCAAGAUGGUAAACCGGCUGAACUGGUCUAGCAUUGAGCACUCCCAAUUCUCAGAGUUGAUGGAGAGUCUGCGCCAGGCCGAGCGGAAGAACUGGACACUGGAUCAACACCAUAUUGCCAAUCUUUGUGACUCUCUUAAUCACUUCCUUACCCAGACUGGUCAGCUCCCUCAUCUGAUCGGCCCUCAGCAGCCCCCUCGAAUCUCUGAUUCUUGUGCCCUGAACAGUGGCAAACAGGAGCAAUCCAUGAAUCAAGUGAACUCCUAUGGUCAGCCCCAGCCUCCCCAUCUCUUUUCCGGUCCAUCUCCGAUGUAUCAGAUUUCUACCCAGGACUCUUCAGGAUAUAAUCGCCCAGCUCAUCAUCUGGUCCCUCGGCCUUCAGGGCCUCCUCCAGGCACCAAUGAGGAAAUCCCUGAUGAUUUCGACUGGGACUUGAUCACCUAGCGAGUUACAGACUUAAGAGCCCGUCCUUUGUGAAGGACGUGGGAGGGGAGGGGGACAUGGGGUGAAUGGUGCCACACCACCGUCUCCAGCCUUCCUAUCUUGCCUGUAUAUAGAUAUAUAUUCUCUAUCUCCGCCAGAGAAGCCACCGCGAGAUGCUGCCGAAGAUAAUCUUUCAUUGCGUCCUGUUUUAUCUUUUUUCUUUUGUUUAUUAUUAUUGUUGUUGUUGUUGUUAUUAUUAUUAUCAAUAAUUGAGCACAGCCCUUCCCCUCCUCUGGUGGCCUCGGAUGCAUCAGAUCAAACCUUGUUGUGUGGUGCCCUGAUAUAGGGCAGAAAGAUAGGUCCUUGCUGCCACAAAAAGACUUCAGAAGGCUGAAUCCUUGUGUGCAUCUUUCUCUGCCUCUGUCAUUUUGCAUUUAGCAAUCCCUCUUUCCCUUCAAAGCGGACAGUAAAUCUGUUGUAUUGGAUACUGAGUGAGAGUCUAAUAGACCCCGGGAGUCUGUAGUUAUGUUAUUUCUUAAAUGUUGUAAAGGUCAGGAGGCUAAAGGGACACUGUGGAGAGGUGAUUUCAGCUCAGUUCCACACCAGCAGGAAAAGCAGGAAAAGAAAUAGAGAUCUCAAGUGCAAAUAGGAUAAUCUCUUAAGUUAGGAGAGCUAAGCUGAACUGGGAGGGAAAACCUGAGUUUGGAGAGAGGGGAAUGUAGAAAAAUGAUGUUUCAGCAGAGAGAUUGGGUUUCAGAAUGCAGUGCCUCUUGGUGAGGACGAAGAGUGAUUUUGAAAGGAUCCUGACUGCUCUGCGUUUUGCAGUCUCCAAGGGAGUGAAGCCUACAUACUCAUCAGGUAAAAGAAGCAGUUGAGGGUGUUGUGAUCCAGGAAAUUUCUGUUUCCCAGAGCUUUUAAUUUCACCCCUGCCCCUUCAAGCCUUUCUUCAAAGUAUGCAGUGAGGCUUUUACUUGCAUAUGCAAACUUAAAAGUUUUCUCACACCGUCCGUAUUUGCUCAAUUGUUACUUAGCCCUCUGACCCUUGUACCUUUUUGGAGACUGUCUGUGGCAACGGGAACCUUGCUGCUUUGGUGUAAAUUCUCAGUCAGUGGUCCCCACUUUGUGAUUGGGUUAAUGGUGGAAAGAGGAAGCUGCUGCUCAGAAUGGAGGUCAAUCAGGAGACUUCUGGUCAAGAAGUUCAAACCCUCUGGUUGAGUAAGAAAGAGCCUCUUAGAAGUGAUUUUUGUAAGCUGCAUUAGAAGAGGGGAUGAAGUAGAGCUGAACAGCCAAAGAGUAUUGUAUAGAAGAAGGGGGAUGAGUAGGUCAGACUCCUUGCAGUUCAGCUGAGGAAGAUGAUGGCAUAGAAUGUAAAUCCCAGUUAAUGGUUUCUGUCAGCAAAUGAGGAAAGCAAAACAGAUGCAGGAGUUAGUAUUGAAAUUCCUCCUCCCCUAAACUGUGUCCUGAGUUACCUUUUUUUUUUUCCUGAUAUGGCUCUGUUCUGUCAGACUUCUUGUUUCAUUUUAUAUUAUAUAGUAUUUUGUAAAGCCUACCCCAACCCUUAUUCCCUGUUUAUCAGGGAAAGGAACAAGACAGAAAUAAAAUGUCAUGGUGGCUUUGACGUAUCUGGGGAAGAGGAGGUAAAAAUGUCUGCUCUGACUGAAGGAAGAUGGGGAAUUAAAAUUGCUACUUAAAUUUGUUGUAGGGAUAAAUCAAUUGGAUCUCUGUCAAGGAAGUGGACAGUCUCAUUGUAUUGGGGAGGGGGGGCGGUGGGAUGUUCUUUUUUUUUUUUUUUUUUUUUAAUGUGUGUAUUGAGAGGGAGUUCAUCAGUGGGCAUCUCCAAGAGAAAUGGGGAAUCCCGUAGCCAACUUCAGCAUGGAAUUAGCCAUUACCUGUGCUGCCUCAGGAUGGUAAUGAUACAACUUGGAAGCGUGUCUGAUUGGGUUUCUGUGGAAUGUGGCACCAGGUACAGCCUAUGGUUGGUGCCAGUUAGUGCUUUGCAGAGCAUAUCACAGAGCCAGCCCUGCGGAAAUCUGAAACCACUGGAAGAAAAAAAGAAAGAUAGCUCCUUCAGCAUAUGAAAGUCCCCACAAUUUGCAUAUUUAUCUCAUCUGCAUAUUGAUUUGCUCCUUGUUUGCAUAUGUAAAUACACGCCGGUCAGUGUGCAAAUUAACCUCGUUCCUCUGCCUCUGAAAUACAUGUGCAUUGUCAAUGCGUGGGAAGGCAUCGGGUUGGCUGUGUGGAGCUCCACACUGGUACUAGCUGCAGGGAGUGAAGGGAUGCAAACGUGCCAUGGAAGUUCUUGCAGGCCCUUCCACAGUGGCAUUGCCCACAGUGCUUUGUGUCAAGGGUCAAGGAGAGAGGGGCGUGGUCUCACAAGUUUAUUUUUGUGCAUGCUUUCUUAAUAAAAAGAAAAAGUGAAUGUUUAAUGGUUUAA